UUAUUAAUUUCGUGAAUUGAGUCAAGUACUCGAAAGAGGCGCGAGUAGUACUUUUUCCUUCGUUGUGAAGUAUGUCUAUCGCGAAGAUAGAGAAGAUUGGAUGUCCAGUUUAAUGCGGCUAUAUAUGUAUAUAGACAGUAUACAUAAGUGAAAUAUCUUCAAUGACUGGUUGCCUUCCCAAAUUGGAGUCGUUUUGACUGAAGGACAAUUUUUUAGAAAAAAAAAAACACAUGCCAAUGAAUGCAAAAGCUGCGAAAAAGCUUCGCUUUCGAUUCAUAUUAUAUUGCGUCCACCGUCACCACCCCUUGUUAUGACAACCACUUUCGCCAAGAUGCGACCAAAGCUUCUAGUUAAUAUUAAGUUGAAAAUGAAAUAUCAGAUAGUACGAUAUCUAGCGCAAAUAAUAAUUCUGUUUUGAUUUCAAUAUCUCUCGAUUUUCGAGUAUUGGCAUUUUAAUAAGAAAUUACGUCAGUGAAAAUAUAUACUCCUUGAGUGAGCAAUCGUAAAUGAGUGAAUUAUAAUUCGUGUUCCAAAUAAGCAAUGGCCCUCGAUGAAUCUGAAAAUGGUGUUGUCACGGUUGGUAAUAAUAUGAAAGUUGGUAACAAUACAGUAACAAACCAACAAGAGCAAGAUAUAAAUAAUCGUUCAGGACAUCAACAACAAACUACGGAGAAAACAUUACAAACAGCAACAAACGGUUUGGCAGCAAAUAAGAAAAUGCAGCAGACAAAGUCAGGAAAACAGGCGACUGACGCUAAUAUAUCAUUUUUAAGAGCUGCACGCAGCGGAGAUAAAGAAAAAGUGAUUGAAUUCCUAGAAUCGGGACAGGUUGCCGACAUUAAUACGUGCAAUGCGAAUGGAUUGAAUGCCCUUCACUUAGCUGCAAAAGAUGGUUAUGUAGAUAUCGUACAUGAACUUUUAAAGCGCGGGGCAGCAGUUGACAAUGCAACAAAAAAAGGAAAUACAGCCUUACAUAUUGCAUCGUUAGCCGGUCAAAAGGAGGUCAUUAAAUUGCUAUUACAGUAUAACGCAAAUGUUAAUGUACAAUCAUUGACUGGCUUCUCACCGCUUUAUAUGGCAGCUCAAGAGAAUCAUGACGCUUGUGUGAAAUAUUUAUUGGCAAAAGGUGCCAAUCCAUCGUUAGCAACUGAGGAUGGAUUCACACCUUUAGCUGUUGCUAUGCAGCAAGGGCAUGAUAAAGUUGUUGCUGUACUCCUUGAGAGUGAUUCACGAGGUAAGGUACGUUUGCCAGCUUUACAUAUAGCUGCCAAAAAAGAUGACGUGAAAGCUGCUACACUACUUCUUGAGAACGAACACAAUCCAGAUGUGGCGUCAAAAAGUGGUUUUACACCAUUACACAUAGCUGCCCACUAUGGAAACGUUGAUGUCGCGAAUUUACUAAUCGAGAAGGGUGCAGAUGUUAAUUACACGGCCAAGCACAAUAUAACUCCGAUUCAUGUGGCAUGCAAAUGGGGUAAGAGCAAUAUGCUGAAUCUGUUGCUAUUGAAAGGUGCAAAAAUCGAUUGUACUACACGCGACGGUUUAACGCCACUUCACUGUGCUGCUAGGUCAGGGCAUGAACGAGUUAUUGAAAUUCUGCUGAAACAUAAUGCGCCGAUUUUGUCGAAAACUAAAAAUGGUUUGGCACCAUUGCACAUGGCCGCACAGGGUGAGCAUGAUGAAGCUGCUAGAAUCCUUUUAUUGCAUAACGCACCAGUAGAUGACGUUACGGUAGAUUAUUUAACUGCUUUACACGUGGCAGCUCAUUGUGGCCACGUAAAGGUUGCUAAAUUGCUGCUUGACUACAAUGCGGACCCGAAUUCACGUGCUCUCAAUGGAUUCACCCCAUUGCAUAUAGCCUGCAAGAAGAAUCGCAUUAAAGUUGUUGAGCUGCUGCUGAAAAACAAUGCGAAUAUAAGUGCUACAACGGAAAGUGGUUUGACCCCUUUGCAUGUUGCCAGCUUUAUGGGAUGUAUGAAUAUUGUCAUCUACUUACUACAACAUGACGCUAACCCUGACGCACCGACUGUACGCGGAGAGACACCACUUCAUUUAGCCGCCAGAGCGAAUCAAACUGAUAUUAUCAGAAUACUUCUUCGAAACCAGGCACAGGUGGAUAUUAAAGCCCGUGAAGGGCAGACUCCAUUACAUGUAGCGUCACGGUUGGGAAACACCGACAUUGUUAUGUUGCUUCUGCAGCAUGGAGCAAAUGUUGAUUCGGUGACCAAUGACCUUUAUACUCCGCUUCAUAUAGCUGCUAAAGAGGGACAGGAGGAGAUUGCUGCUGUUCUUAUUGAACAUGAUGCCUCGCUUGAUGCCACUACGAAAAAGGGGUUCACUCCACUACAUUUGGGAGCCAAGUAUGGUCACAUCAACAUCGUUCAACAUCUUCUACAAAAGGGCGCCGCAAUCGAUGUUCAAGGCAAAAAUUCAGUUACUCCGCUCCAUGUCGCCUGUCACUAUAAUCAUCAAAAUGUAGCCCUUCUCUUAUUAGACAAAGGUGCAUCCCCGCAUAUUAGCGCUAAGAAUGGACAUACUGCUCUUCAUAUAGCUGCCAAGAAGGAUCAAAUGGACAUUGCAACCCAUUUGCUUCAAUAUGGAGCCAAACCUGAUGUUGAAAGUAAAUCAGGUUUCACACCCUUACAUCUUGCUGCACAGGAAGGACAUGUUGACAUGGUGAAACUAUUACUGGAACAUGGAGCAGACAGCAAUAAAGCUGCAAAGAAUGGUUUGACUCCUAUGCAUUUGUGUGCACAAGAAGAUAAGACUGAUGUAGCACGUGUCAUUCUGGAUCAUAAUGGAAAGAUAGAUGAAAGAACUAAAGCCGGAUAUACUCCCCUCCAUGUCGCUGCACAUUUUGGACAAGUCAAUAUGGUUAAAUUUCUGCUGGAGAAUGACGCUAAUAUUGAAUUGAGCACAAAUGUUGGUUAUACCCCGUUGCAUCAGGCCGCUCAACAGGGACAUACCCUUAUAAUUAACCUACUGCUGACACAUCGGGCGAAUCCGAAUGCCCUGACAAAUACGGGCCAUACUGCUUUAAGCAUAGCCAAUAAAUUGGGCUAUGUUACCGCUGUGGAAACCUUGAAAGUGGUCACUGAAACAAGCAUUUCGAAUACAGUCACUGGAGUAUUGGAGGAGAAAUAUAAGGUAUGCGCACCAGAAUCAAUGCAUGAAGCUUUCAUGUCAGAUUCCGAGGAUGAGGCUAUUAUUGAAGAUAAUGCCGAUCAGCAUCAAUAUAAAUACAUGGCAACGGAUGACUUGAAAAAUACAUCGUAUAAUAUGAAAUACGAUACAACUGAUGAGGGCAUUUGUGAACAAAAAAAUGUUUCGUGUAAUGAAUCAUCAGUGGCCGGUAAUUAUGUCAACGCUGAUGUAUCUAAUCCGUAUAUUAUCAAAUCAAUAGAUAAUGUCAAUAUUGUCCGGCAACCUAUUAACGUUGGUUUUCUGGUGUCAUUUCUGGUCGAUGCACGAGGUGGUGCAAUGCGUGGAUGUCGUCAUAGUGGCGUGCGCGUUAUUGUACCACCAAAGGCUGCACCACAACCCACGCGAAUAACAUGUCGCUAUGUUAAGGCACAACGCAUACCAAAUCCUCCGCCAUUGAUGGAAGGUGAAGCAUUGGUCAGUCGAGUUUUAGAGUUAUCACCGGUUGAAGCGAAAUUUUUAGGGCCUGUAAUUCUGGAAGUCCCACAUUUUGGUUCGCUACGACAAAAGGAGCGUGAAAUUAUUAUUCUUCGCUCGGAUAACGGACAGACAUGGCGUGAGCAUACUUUGCAAGAUAGCGAUGAAGCCGUAUGUGAUGUCUUGAAUGAAACGUUUGAAAGCAAUGAGCUAAAUCAACUCGAAGACUUACAUACAAAUCGUAUCAUACGAAUUGUAACGCACGAUUUCCCUCAUUUCUUCGCGGUAGUCUCCCGAAUUCGUCAGGAAGUGCAUGCAAUCGGGCCAGAUGGCGGUACAGUGUCAUCAACAGCGGUUCCCCAAGUGCAAGCUAUUUUUCCGCCUAAUGCUCUAACAAAGAAAAUUCGUGUUGGUUUACAAGCACAGCCCGUGGAUCCGGUCAACUGUGCCAAGCUCCUAGGACAGGGGGUGGCGGUAUCCCCUGUCGUUACAGUGGAGCCAAGACGUCGAAAAUUCCACAAGGCCAUUACUCUCAGUAUGCCAGCCCCUCGGGCUCAUACUCAGGGUAUGGUCAACCAAUAUUCAGGAAGUGCACCCACCCUACGACUUUUAUGCUCUAUCACCGGAGGGCAAAAUCGAGCUAUCUGGGAGGAUGUAACAGGAUCAACACCACUAACAUUUGUCAAGGAUAGCGUGUCAUUUACAACAACUGUUUCCGCACGAUUCUGGCUUAUGGAUUGCCGGAAUAUUUCCGAAGCCUGCCGUAUGGCUACAGAGCUAUAUAGCUUCAUGGCGAAGGUUCCAUUUAUGGUCAAGUUCGUAGUUUUCGCCAAGCGAAUUAGCGCGGCCGAAGCCAAGCUCAGUGUAUUUUGCAUGACCGACGACAAAGAGGAUAAAACGCUUGAGCAGCAAGAAUUCUUUACAGAGGUAGCAAAGAGUCGAGACGUUGAGGUGUUAGAAGGACAAAGUAUUUAUCUAGAAUUCAUCGGAAACCUAUCUCCAAUAAUGAAGUCCGGCGAACAGUUGACCAUGCAAUUUAACGCCUUCCGUGAAAAUCGUUUGUCUUUCACAGUUCGCAUUAAGGACCAAGAGGAUCCAUUUGGCAGGAUUAGCUUUAUGAACGACCCCAAAAUCGCCAAAGGUGAUCCACCUCAGACGCCCAUUUGUACCCUAAAUGUUUCUCUCAAGGAAGAGAAAAUCGUGGAAGAAAGCCGGCGUGAUCUAAACUCAAGCCAGAGGAGCUUAGAUCAGAACUACCGCGUUACACUUAACGGGGGGCUAGGCAGAUUGGGUAUCAAUACCAGCGAAAAUGAAAUUCGAAAAGCGGAUAUACGUCUUUCGGACAUUUGUAACUUGCUAAGUGAUGACUGGGAGGAAUUGGCCCACGUACUGGGCGUACCUGAUGCAGAUAUUGAACUAAUUAAGGCCGAAUAUCCAGAUCGACCAUCACAGAGAGCGAUGGUAAUGUUGCGUUUGUGGAUGUCACAAGCUGGACCAAAGCAAGCAACGGGCAAUACUCUGGAACAGGCAUUGCACAAAAUCAAGCGCUCCGAUAUUGUCGAUAAGUGCGUCUUUAAUUUAGAACUUGUUACGGAUGAAAUGGAAAAAGCUGUUGCAAAAAUGCAAUUGGAUCAAAGUGGUUUUGAUAAUCUAAAAGAAGAGCUAGACUUGGGUCCAGGAUCGCGCGAUACCUCAUUGCGUCGUAAUAAACAUUUAAAUUCUAAUAACGUAACAGAAAAAUCUGACGAAAAGCCUGAAUUCAAUGGAAAAAAAGAUGAUACUGUCGAGCAAAAUGAGGAAAGGAAUGAUAAUGAAAUCGAUAAAGAGCUCCUUAAAAGGACGUUAAACAUUUCUGCUGAUCGAGCGACUGGUGGUGGUGGAGAUGGCACAUCAACACCACCCCCAACGCCAGUUGACGCGGCAGCAUUGGGAAAUUGGCACGCUGAAAAGAAACGUAUACCUCCAACUGCACAGCCAGAAACUACAGAUUUUUCUCAGCAAGAAGGAGCUGAUAAGAAAGUGAAAAGUGAAAGCAAACCUAUAAUAGAUGCACCCAGUAAAAUAACAGAAGAGGAUGCUAUAGCAACAGCUGAGAUUCUUGCUGAUCAAAUUCUUAAAGAUCUAGAAGAAUCGACAAAAAAUGAUGAUGUUGAACAUAGUGAACAAGUUGAUAAGGAGCCAAGUAGGAUUCCGGUGCCAACGAAAGCCUCAACACCUAUCAAAGUCAAAACUAUAAAAAAGCAUUCAAAAACGGCUGUAGUAAUGGCAACGAACAUGGGUAAAUCGCAGCAUUCUAGGCCAACUGUGGACGAUAUCGAAUGGGGUCAAACUAUUACGCAAGAGCAGUUACUAGCAUCGAACACAGACAACGAUAGAAAAGGGGAACCUGAAGGCGCUCAUGCGAUGCUUGAUGUAGAUGACGAAGGUAUUAAUAAUAAGGGUAUAUCGGCUUCAGACGAUACUUCUGACUUACUGAUGUCUUCAUCUUUCGACACUACUACUACCACUUCCGCAACCAUAAAUAACAAUGCUAAUCUAAUCCAAGAAACAACAGUAACCGAGGAGUCGAUAGAAAAUAAGUUACAUCCUACCCAGGAAAAUGAUAUACAGCAACGACAGCAGGGCACUCCCGAUUUGAAUAAUCUUCCGAAAUUAGCUACUGAAUCUAUCGUGUCUCAAACUAAUGAUGGGCAUCAAAAUCAACAACAACAAUCGUCUGCACAAAUACCAACUAAUUCACCAAAAUUAACCAGUGAAUCAGAUUUAAGUGUUAUAAGUGAUUCACCAUUGAAUCAACAUAAACUCAAUAGGGAGCAAUACAAAGCGUCCGAGAAAUUAAACAGUUCUCAACAAAAGGUUCUUGGAUCAUCCAGUGAUUCUGAUAUUGCUUUGCAUGAAUCGGGAACUGAACUGAGUGAGGAUGAAACAGAAGCUAUCUUCUAUCAAAACAACGAACAACCAACGACAGUAACAAGGACACAAGUUGAAGAAUUCACCACUGGAGAUGGAAAUGAAGUUGUGAAAACUACAAUAACAACGACCGAAAUCGUACCAACAAAACACGAUGAGGGACAGGACCUGCAGGAUGUAUCGAAUCAAAUUGGCACUUUGGCAGCCGGUGCUGUAGCAUCCGGUGUUGCAUUAGCAGCAGGAGCUGCUUCAUCAGCAGCAGGGGCCGCUUCAUCAGUAGCAGAAGCUGCUUCAUCAGCAGCCACCGAUGCAAUUGAAACUGCUACAACCUCACUUGAUGAAUCAAUGUCGCAAUGUCUUAAGUCGUUUGGCGCUCCUGAUAUUGUGCAAGAGAAACCGAUCCGACAAAUUGUUGAUCAAUUUUUGCAAGAAGAAAGAAAACAUCUUUAAAUUUAGAAGAUCAAAAAUCAAAAGAAAUAUAUAUUGUAGAUGUGCAACAAUGUUGAAGAUAGAAAGAUAGUUUUCUAUAACACUUGUGUUGAGGUAUCGAAUUUAGUUUGACGUUGGUGUCAAACCGAUGGGCAACGAAAGGGAAUUCCAAUCAUCUUAUGCCUCUCCCGAUUCAAGAAAUCAGUGACAAAAUAAUCGUAGUUUAAAGUGAAAUUUCGAAUUCUACUAAAUUUAUCUUUAUUUUCUGCACGGAAGCCUAGCAAAAAUGAACGAGGUGGGUAGUUUGCAAGGUGUUUUUUAAGGGCGCUACUGAAUCGAAAGCUCUCAUUUUCUUUAACAUCUGAAAAUAUGUAGCGGUACUAAAUUUUUUUGCAUAGUAGUGGAUGUAUCUAGACAUAAUGCUUUUUUCCAAACUGACAAAAUUAAUCGAUAUUUAUUAAAAUAAGCGCACUCAGUUCAUUUUGCCUUCCUUCAAGCUUGCCUCCUUCAUAUGGGUUUAUAGACCACCGUGAAUUUAAUGAUAAUUCACGUGACGUGCAGAAGAUAUUCAUAAAUAGAUUCAUAGAUAUUAUGAGCAUAAUUAUGAGAGAAAUUGUUAAAAGCCAGUUUUCCGUCGUUUGACGUCUCGCCAUAAGUACUUCACGCGAUUUAUGCUUCCUCAUCAUUUUUCAUCAAUGGGUUAGCUAUUAAUCGAUCGAUGAGAUUUUUCCCAAGAGAAAUGUAAAAACUAAACGGCUGUAGUAAAAAAAAUCUGCAUUGUUUAAUAAUAUCUAUAUGGGCGCAUGUUUAAUCUAAUAUUUAAAUAUAUACACAAAUUUUUUCUUUGCCCAGAAAUAAUUUCCUUUUCAUUCUUAAUUGGCGACUUGAUAUUGUAGUAAUGAAGUAUCACAUUGUUAAAAGGUCACUCCGUGGAACGCAUUCAUCACGAAUGAAUUAUUAACGCUGUAUGUGCAUAGGUUCAUAUGAUUGUUUUUUUUUUUGUAUUUUUUACACCUUUGCGAAAUGUUUGAAACGAUAUUAAGUGAAAUUAUUAUAUAUAUAUAUAUAUUACUUCGAAAAGAAAAAUCUAUAUAUAUUAAUGAAAUGGUGGUAAUCAUUUUUUGAAAAAAAGAGAGCAUAUAUAUAUACAUAUAUAUUUAAAGGUCUAUUAUUGUAUUUGUGGCGAGCAUGCCAAAGCACUUCAAAAUAAAUUGAGAACGUUUGAAUAAGUUGAACACUU